AUGGGGGGGGGGGGGGGGGGGGGGGAGGGGGGCUGGAGCCGUGCCCGUAUCCGGCUGCGCCCCGAUAACGCUUAUCGCCACGGCGGGCGGCGGCGCGUCCCGCCCCGGGUUCACGCGUGCGGGAUUUUGGCCCGCGGCCCCUUUAACGCUCGCCCCCAACGCCGGGGGGGGAAGGGGAGGGGGAGGGGGCGUGGCCCCAGCCGUCUGUCCCCGCCCCUUCGCCCCUCCGUUAAAGCCUUCGGCCCCGCGCAACGCCGCGGUUGCCACGCAGGUCCCGCCGCGAUGCUGCUGCUCCGCGUUGUCCCCCGGCGCAGAGUCCGUUUGCCCCUCCCGCCGCUCGCUCCGCACCGCGGCUCCUCCCGGACGGACAUCGUCCCCGGCGGUCCGGGCCCGGGGGGGGGCGGCGGCGGGCGAGUGGUCCCGGUGCUGGCGGCGCUGCUCGGCCUCGGCGCGGCGCUGAGCUAUGGAGAACGGCGGCGGAGGGCCGCUCACGCCGCCGCCGCCGCCCCGUCGUACCCCCGGUACACACGGGAGGAGGUGGGGCGGCACCGGAGCCCCGAGGAGCGCGUCUGGGUGACCCACGGCACCGACGUGUUCGACGUCACCGACUUCGUGGAGCUGCACCCGGGGGGACCCGACAAAAUCCUGCUGGCGGCCGGUGGGGCCCUGGAGCCCUUCUGGGCACUGUAUGCGGUGCACGGAGAACCGCACGUCCUGGAGCUGCUGCAGCAGUACAAGGUGGGCGAGCUCAGCCCCGACGAGGCACCGCCGGCCCCCGACGCCCAGGACCCCUUCGCCGGGGACCCCGCCCGGCACCCCGGGCUGCGGGUCAACAGCCAGAAGCCCUUCAACGCGGAACCGCCGGCCGAGCUGCUGGCCGAGCGCUUCCUGACGCCCAACGAGCUUUUCUUCACCCGCAACCACCUCCCGGUACCGGUGGUGGAGCCCAGCUCCUACCGGCUGCGGGUGGAUGGUCCCGGCGGCCGCACGCUGUCGCUGUCUCUGGACGAGCUGCGGAGCCGCUUCCCCAAACACGAAGUGACGGCGACCCUGCAGUGCGCCGGGAACCGCCGCGCCGAGAUGAGCCGCGUGCGGCCCGUCAAAGGGCUGCCGUGGGACAUCGGCGCCAUCGGCACGGCGCGGUGGGGCGGAGCGAGGCUGCGGGACGUCCUGCUGCACGCCGGCUUCCCCGAGGAGCGCCAGGGCGAGUGGCACGUCUGCUUCGAAGGCUUGGACGCCGACCCCGGGGGGGCUCCGUACGGAGCGUCCAUCCCCUACGGCCGCGCGCUCAGCCCCGCCGCUGACGUGCUGCUGGCUUACGAGAUGAACGGCGCCGAGCUGCCCCGCGACCACGGCUUCCCGCUCCGCGUCGUGGUGCCCGGCGUGGUGGGCGCGCGCAGCGUCAAAUGGCUGCGACGCGUGGCCGUGAGCCCGGCCGAGAGCCCCAGCCACUGGCAGCAGAACGACUACAAGGGCUUCUCCCCCUGCGUGGAUUGGGACACGGUGGAUUACCGCACGGCGCCCGCCAUCCAGGAGCUGCCGGUGCAAUCGGCCGUCACUCAGCCGCGGCCCGGAGCCGCGGUGCCGCCGGGGGAGCUGACGGUGAAGGGUUACGCGUGGAGCGGCGGGGGGCGCGAGGUGGUGCGCGUGGACGUGUCGCUGGACGGCGGGCGCACGUGGAACGUGGCGCGGCUGGCGGGAGAAAAGGCCCCGCUGGGCCGGGCGUGGGCAUGGGCGCUGUGGGAGCUGACGGUGCCGGUGGCGGCGGGGACGGAGCUGGAGAUCGUCUGCAAAGCGGUGGACAGCAGCUACAACGUGCAGCCCGACAGCGUGGCGCCCAUCUGGAACCUGCGCGGGGUGCUGAGCACCGCGUGGCACCGCGUCCGUGUGUCUGUGCAGGACUGACGGCCGCCCCCACGGCUCUGUCGCCCCGCGGCAAUGUCAUCCCGCAGCAUUGUCACCCCCACGGCUCUGUCGCCCCGUGGCCCGCCCUGGAUGCGGCCGUGCCGCUGCUGGCACGAAGGUCGCUGCUUUACGGCCCCUGAAAGUGAGAGGUGUGAAUGCGGCUCCAUAAAGAUUGCGCAGCUUU